UAAAGCACACACUUAAACAGAACUCUUGAGCGGCUAAGCUUGCAUGGCAUGUCAGUCUGUAUAAACAAAAGCAACCAAGUAUACGSCUAGCUUAAUAAAAUAAGCUAAUAGUACAAUACAACGAGUGACAAUUCUUCGUCGUCAAAAUGACUGCYKGCAGCUGGAUUAACUUUAUCGCUCUAGGUGCACUUUUUCUAUCGAUUUUCAAAUUUUUACAAGCCAACGACACUCGAAACUUUGUAGUAAUUUUGAGCUCACGUCUAACAUCAAAUGAGUCAGGUAUUAUAUUGGAAAGAAAGCAAGUUGAAAAUCAAAUGAACUGUGGGCAAUGGUGCUUAMGAACAACAAAUUGUCGCUCAUUCAACUUGGAAAAAGACACUGGACAACUAGAGCAAGAAUGCGAGCUUCUUUCUAUAGAUAGAAACCAAAGACAAGAACUUGUAAAAGAAAACAACUACUAUGAUCACUAUACGACAACGGAUCCAUGUGACCAGCUGUCCUGUUUGAACGGUGGUACAUGCAGAAUGACGUUAUCUGGCUAUUGGUGCGCAUGCCAACCGAGUUAUUUGGGUGAACAUUGUGAAAUCCCAGAGGAGUGUGUUAAGCAUAAAAGCCUCUCCGAGGCCGACCGCAACAUAAACAACGGCAUUGGUUCAAGAAAAUGCGACAACAAAUUAAGUGGCUGGCACAGAUUUGUGGGUCCCGCGGGAUCCCAUAUGCUUGACAACUGUCCCUCGGGUAAGAAAUGUAACACAGAUUUCCAAGGAUGGAUAGAUAGCCAGCCGAAGCCUGGAGAAACACGUGUAGCAAAAAAGGUCUGUUUACAAGGAAACAACAAAUGCUGUAACUGGCCUAAAGAUAUUCUCACUACACAUUGUGGUGAUUUCAUCGUUUAUAACCUUCAUAAAACGAACUGUUAUAUUCGUUUCUGUGGCGAGAACUGACUUGARCUACGUCUGCUUAAACGCAAAGACUGACGCAACGCCAAUAACGGUCGAUGUCCUUUUGAGAAGUCAAUAAAACACUAUUUCCGAAGCACGACACGAAUAGAUGUACAACACAAUGCCGUCACAUUGCCACAUUCCCARCGCGAAACCGCCUUUGCUGACACACAGACGCGACACCCAAGAACCAGGGACUUAGUGCGACCUCAUCUUUAAGUGGCACUGGAGAACAGUCAAAUAUGCAAGAAGCAACAAAUGAGAAAGCUUUAAAAGCCUCGAGGAUACGACGAAGGAAGCACGGUUUUGUGAACAAUCAUUUAUUAUUAGAAAUGAUUAU